UCUCCUCGUGAGUUCGGUGCUGCUGCAUGCGCGUCCUCCUCGCGAGCACCGUUCCGCCAUCUUUCUGAGCGAACGCGCCCACGCGCAGCUCAGUCCCGAGUUUUUCAGGACGUUUCCGGAACGCUUUAGCAAAACUUCUGCUAACUUCCCCUCGACGUGCAAUAACUUAUUGGUACUUCGCUGGAAUGCAGUUUACAUCAAACAACUUUCACGUGACGGAGGUUGUAACAAUGUAGCACGCGGAUAUCUGGAAGUCAGGACGGGGUCCGUGCGUGCGUUGCGUGCCAAACACACUCUGCGUGUGGGGGCGUAACUUCCGGAUUGAGGAAAGUUGUCAACAGUUUGGUGACGGCGAAGUUGUCAGGAGAAUCUGGAUCUAAGCGCGCUCACUGGUCUGUGCUCGGGACUUACUGGCCGAACUGGGCGUGGGGAACGACCCUGGCGCGCGCUGGUGAACGCUGAGGGCUCGCGUUUGCUGUUCAAACUGCAGCUCGUGCUUUCUCCCGUGUCUACGUCCCGAGUCGUGGGAGCGGGAGACGCGCGGGGGUUCGGGCCUGGUUCGGUGUCACUGGGUCUCGAGCAGAACUCGAGAGCACGCGGACCAGCCUACGGGUGGAUGCGUGCACCCUUACACACUGGCUCGCGGCCAUCGUCAGUGGACUACAGGCAUCAGUAACGAUCUACAAGCUGUCUGACACGUGCGCAGUUGCUCCGGAGCUCGCUAACGAACACAGUGCGUGCGCGCCCUCGGGGAGGGUUCCGUACGCGCUCAGGUAUUCUCGCUCUCUGCCCUAAUGUUUGCCCUCGUGGAAACUUCAGCGUGCACGCGUGAGCGUGGAAGACCCGCACGGUGCGGACGAUUUUAAGGAGUUCGACGUCACUGUGAUCCAAAUGGCAUGAGCUCGUGCAGCGUGGGAGUUGGUGUUGGAGCGAGUGGCAGUGCCGUGCACGCGGGCGUGUUUGCCAGUCCGAUGUGACAUGCCUCUCUGCGUACGCGCACAGUAGCAGAGCGCGAGGGUACACAGUCGGCUCGGAGACCAGCCUGUAGACUCGCGACAUACGGGGCUUUCUGCUCACUUGUGUGUGUGUGUGUGUGUGUGUGUGUGUGUGUGUGUGUGUGUGUGUGAGAGAGAGAGAGACUUCACAGAGGUUGGCCUACAUUUGGUUAUCGCAAAACGUUGAACUAUUGAUAACUAUUGACUCUUGCAUCUUUUAGGAAACUGAACUACAGUAGCUGCUGGAGCGUGCGCGGUCGUGCCUGUCACCGUCCGCCACGUGCAGGGCUGAGAGGAAGGCGAGGUUGUGUAAUGACAGUGGCCAGUAUCCGCUCCGCACGGCUGCGGGGUUUGUAGUGGUAAAGCUCUGCUCAGACCGACCCAGCGGUAAAUGUUCGGGGGCACAUGUGGCACAGCCGAGUUCCCCUAGAAACAUCGACUACAGGAAAACGGACAGUCCAUUAGAUCGGCGCGAGUGGGCCAGACUUGCGCAACCUCCGGCCAGAGAGACUUUUCGUUUAUAAAAGGCUUCGUUUCUUUCAUCAGACCAGCUCUCGCGACCAGAACCAGAGCUCAGGUUCAAACGACACAGUAAGUCGUGUUGUAGUGCGUGCUGUCAGAUCCGCGAGACUUUAACCUGAUGCUCCCUGGUGAAGUCGUGGGAGCAGGAAACUAAUUUUGGAUGUUCGGCUGCCUUUUCUCUUGCGCUGUUCUUUGGCGUCUUUCUGAACUCGUUAAGACACUUUUCCCUCAUUUGUAUUUAUAAUGUGGUGUCAGGUUUCCUUUUACCCACGUGUGUAACACAUACCAGGAUGUAACUUGAAGGACAUAGACUACGUUUGUAGAGACACACACACACACACACACACACACACUCACCCCCCCCCCAUACACGCAUUGACUCUUGCACUCACUUCUCACACACACACACACACACACACACAGAGGCAGAAUGAGCAGUGGAAAGAAACGGAGUGGUUUCCAGAUCACCAGCGUGACUUCUGACUACAACCAGAGUGUUGGGGAGGGUCACGCUCCACACGGACCCUCGGCGCCUGAGACCAGUGUCUCUCAGAGGGACCCCGGAGAGCAGAUGAUGUCCCCUCCAGGUGUGUUCAACGGCCCCGCCUUCCAGACGCAGCAGAGUUCCAGCCAGCCGAGCACACCUGUCACAGUGCGGAAACAAUCUUCUCUGGAGCAGGUUGGUGCGGUGGGUGGGGCCUCGCGCUUCCGCGUGGUGCGUCUGGGCCAGGGUUUAGGCGAGCCGUACAGGCGUGGGCGCUGGACGUGCGUGGAUGUGAUGGAGCGGGAGGCAGAGGAACGGGGUCUCCGCAGAGUGAUUGACAGCAUGAGACACGCCCACUCUCUGGAGUCCUUGGAGACGGUGGGACUAGGCGGACCUGAAGGACCGGUGGGCGGAGCUUUGCUGAAACCACUGAGCGUGCGAGGACUGAGAGUGGGUCACAUGAUGCAGUCCCAGAACCACUCCCAGCAGAUCAUUGGCUACAGAACAGACACAGCGCACAGCGGCCCACCCUCCCCAACACACACACGCCGUGACACACAUCUGCUGUCUCCACCACAUGCUCCAGACGCAGCCCGGCCCCGAAAAAUCCCCCCCCCACUACGACUGGACAUGGAUGGGGCAGGGAUGCUUCGAGCAACUCGGUCACAGCCUGCUUCCCCUGGCCCCCACCUUGGGCGAGAUGGACUGUUCCAUCCCACCUUCACACCAGUCCAGACACCCUCAGCCCUGGCCUUGGCACAGUCCAUGUUUGGAGUAGGGGGAGCAUUUGAGCUGGUCACUGAUGAAAGUGGAUCCAGUAACAGUAUGAUUGCCAUUGACAACAAGAUCGAGCAAGCCAUGGACCUGGUGAAGGCUCACCUGAUGUUGGCCGUGCGUGAGGAGGUGGAGGUUCUGAGAGAGCAGAUAAAGGAGUUGGCAGAGAGGAACGCUCAGCUAGAGAGAGAGAACUACAUCCUCCGAGCCCUCAGGGAGCGUCACUGAGCCCACUCGCUGCAUCGUGGGAAAUCUACAGGGUUCUGGUCUUCAGAACAUUCAGAAGAUUGGAAAACAAGAUAGAUGUGUGGUAGAAAGAAAAUCUAUUUAAAGGACCAAGACUGAUGAAAAGAACUGUAGUGUGAUAUUUAGCUCACACACACACACACACACACACAUAUAUAUAUGCAUACUCACACACACACACACACACACACACACACACACA